UUAGAGCAAGUGCUGUUGAGUUUAUGUUUUCCAAAAGAUUAAAAAUGAUCCUUUUGAGGAAUUUCACUUUUAUUUGGGUCUUCCUGUGUAAAGAAAUCUGUGGUUAGCAGUACAACAAAUGUGUUACCCGGCUUCUUUUUCCUGGUCAGGUUCAGAAUUCCACUGUUGGGUGCUGUUCAUCAUCACGAGUGCUGAAAUGGGAGGCUGAGCACCGUGUGCUGCCCACGGUGUUGCCAGGAGGGUUCCUGUAGGUUUUUCUUGUCCUGAUUUGAGUAUAGGCAUGAAUGCAUGCACACAUGUACAGACACACACACAUGUACAUAGAGACACAAACAUCCACGCAUAAAAGUCAUUCGCAGUCAUGUCUACACUGAAACCCAGUAUUAAAACAUCCCAUGUCACCGUUUCGGUGUCUGCAUUAAAUGCCUUAGACUUUACUCUUAGCUAAGAGCAUCUUAAAUAUGCAGUCGCCAAUGACUCUUCAGCUUUGUAGGCCUCUUCCAUCAUGUCAAUAGACAUUUUUAGAUCAGAGCUGUCAUAAGUUUUUAGAGAGGUAGCUGUAUAUGGACUACUGUAUACUGUAGUUUGACUUACGUAUAUUAGCACAUAUAUCUCUGCAAAUAUUUAUAUUUUCCAUGGAAUUCAUUGUUCAUAUAGAAAGUAAAACAUGCUCAGUAAAAUUUAUCUUCGCUCUCUUGGGUUGUGUACCGAGGAAUGAUCAGAUAACAAAUGACUGUGUAAUUUAAAUCAAACAAAGCAGUAUUCUCAGCAUACAUUAACAUUAUUUGGAAUGUUUGUUUCAUGGUUUUUACAUUGUAUUAGUGUUACGCUAUUGUAUUGGACAAGAUUUUUUAAAAACUCUUGGAUACUGAGACUAAAUUACUCUCAAUCAAAUUGUAAGGAAAAACCAUAACUUAUCUAAAAGGAUUUUUAUUAUCAACUCUUUUCAUUAAUGCUUUUUGGUUGUUUUAUUAAAAGCACUGGAACAAAAUAAUAGCCUUUUUGGACAGUGGCACAUAAAAGUAGUUUUUCCUCAUGAAAGCGUACUUGCAUAUGGAAAAUUGAAUAUGCAGGAAGUGUUGAGGCCACAUGCUCAGAAAAACAGUUACAUGUUAUGAUGCACAUUUAAGAUGUUCAUAAGGAUCAACUUUCUAAAAAUGUUUACCAAGAAUCAAAUCUAUGGAAUUGUCAUUUCGUAAAGGUGUAUGCUAACUGUGUGUUUUGAGACUACUUUUUCUUAAUUGUUAGAUUAUGUGAUUAUAUAAUGACAUCUAAAAAUAAAGCACUUUUGCUGGUGGUUUGGGCCUAAUGAGCUAUAUUUUAAAGGAACAGAAGAUGAGUUCAUUAAGAAGUUUGGCUUAAACUUAUCAGACCAGCAAAUCAAUUUCUGUUUUUCAUUUUAAAUCAGUCACAGGGAUUUGGAGUCGUCCAUUCACUUUAUGUCUCUUCUUCUGCUCUAAAUAUUGAUGUAAUAAAAUAUCUAGGUUUUUUACCUGUGAAUGUGUAAUGACUUUCCUGCUUUACUGUUUGGGGUCAGAUGAAAUAUUUUUCUACUUAAACUCUGUAGUUACUAUAAGACAUUUUGCAGGUGGACUGUUUAUUUAAUGAGUCUACUAACAUUUUCCGUCAAAUGUCUAAAACCAAAGGCACUUGCCUACUCACUGCCAGACCUCUGAUUAAGACUCUGGAGACAGCCCUUUGGGUAAGCCUCUGGUUGCUGUCUUCCAUCUGCUCCACAAAGCAGGUUCCAAAGCUGGGGUCCCUGCCGUAACAGCCCAGAAAUCUGCAACCAGCAACAUUGCCUUGCUUAGCUAAGUUCAUGGCUCAUCCCACUGAGGAGGCCUUAGCAGCAGAGAGGGCCACCUGAGUCAGACUCAUCUGGGCUUGAAUCCUGAUUCUGACUUAAAGGAUUUGGACACAAUAUUUAAUCUCUAUGGAUCUCCUCUACUCAAUCUUCAGAUGUCAGGGAUGAUAGUGAUACAUGGCCGGCUACAGAAAAGAGUGGUUGCAAGGGUUGGAGUGUGGUCAUCUUGGUGUGCCCUGGGGAUGUGGAGAUGCAGGAGGCAGCUCCUCAUGGAGGCAGCUCAGGGAGUGGAGAGCAGAGAGGGCUUGGUAGUUCCCAUGGGGAAUAUUUCAUGACUGAGUAAGCAUCCAGUUGUAAAACUUCCUCAGGUGAUUCAGUGCAGCACUGGAGGGUUUUUAGGAGAAAUGUAAUUCUUGUUUUAGGAAAACACACCCAUUUGUUCCUGGUUAUAACUUUUGAUCAAACAAACCCAGUUGAGUGUGUUGUAUGGAAUGGUUUUACAAGGGGCCUGGUCAUGGUGGCCUCUCCACUCACGGUGUCCUACUGCUUUCCCCUGAGCCUCUGUGGCUCCUCUAACACACCUGCAGUUUCAUUUCAUGCGCCUGUUCCAUGCAUGUGGCAGAGGGUGGAAUUCCUCGAGCCCUGUGUGUCCUCUGGCCUAGUUUACUUUAGCUUUCUUUCGUUAUUCCCAUCUUUUUUCAUAGUUUAUUUCUGUGUCUUAAUUUUGGAACUUUUUCAUGCUUUGAAACUGUUUCAAGGAGCCAUUCUUCAGUCUCUUGUCUGCUGUAGAAGUAUCAAAGAAAAUGGCAUGUGUCCCCUUCACCAGCAGGACUCCAGCUAAUGACUCCAAAAUGUGUGUGUAGUGAAACGCAGCUUUGGUUGAAAGGCGCUGGGACACUGACGUGCCCAUGCCCAAAUGUGGUUUAUCCAGGCAUGCUGUUAGCGCUGUGCUGCUGUUCACAUCAGAUCUAGAGUCAGGCUGAGCUGGAUUUGAAUUCUGACCGUGACAGGUAAUUGCUCCAGAACUUUCUUAAUUUUGAUCUCAGUUUCUUUAGUUGUAAAAUGGGAAUUCUACCACCUACAUAACACUGGCUUUCGCGACUACAUGCAGUUGUGCCCCUGAAAUUCUAAUAGUUCCUGGAGAUAACUCAGUAAUACCAAUUCCCCCUUAAUCCUUUCCCUUCAUUUUCUAGUGAAUACAACCCAACUAGUGAGGUGAAAAUUACCUAAUGAUAAAUCCCCUCGAAGAGACAGAGACAGGCAGUGUUUGUUAAUGCUGAGAACUUCUGGGCCCACAGGAAUCAUCCACACCCACAGUUUUGAGAGACACUACCGUGAGAGAGAGAUUUUUCUGCAUGAACGUGACUUCGAGUUGUUAAAUUAUUACUACAGAGCUUUCCUUUCAAACCUGUGAGAGCUAUCGAUGUGAGAAUACUCUUUAAGGACACACACAGGUCCCAUGAGGUAUGCCUCCAUCGUGAGACAUUGAAGUUACCAUGGGUAUUAACGUAGGUUAUUAAGAAACAGGCAUUUUAACACAGGUAAAUUCGAAUUACAUGUAGUUCAUGUUAACCCAGAGACUCAAAUGCUGCAUGCACUUUCCAUUUUACUAAAUAAUUAUUUAUGUUAGGGUUGUGCACACAAGGCCUAAGUCUUUAAUUGGUGUUUCUUCCCUUCUAUAGAUAUAAAUAGCAUUGCCUGAGAAUUUGGCUGUUCAUUCAUUGUCUCUGUGACUUACUGGCUGUGUUGCCUCUUGAUUUCUUAUGUCUACUUAUGAAAGAAGAUUAGAAAUCUCUACUCUAAACGUCAACAAAAUCUUUCUGGAGGAUGUAAGCAGGGACCAGGCAAACAAGAAAACCUCUGGUGUAAUUUUCUCUGAAUUAGAUUUAUUUGCAAACAGCUGGCGGCCUUUCAUCUUUGAGAAUUGUGACUGUAUUCAUUGAUACUAACACCAGAGGUUAAAAUGUGUUACCAAGAGAACAAACGGGAGAUAAUCUUUAAUUUAAUGUGGAAAACAAAGUACUUGUUGAAGCUUUGAUGUUUAAGACUGGAGAAAAAAAAAAAAGACGUUGAGUUUCUGGCUCUCAUUUUCCAGUUCUGAAAUCCUUCAUUUUAUGUUAGGACCCAGAGACAUCAAGCUGCCUGAAUUAUGAACCCUUCUUUUCCUUUAUUUGUGGCUGUACGUGAAGCUAGGAUUAUGGGAAAACAUUCUAUCCAUAGUGCGCUUCUGGUGAACUUAACAGUUCUGAGACGAGAAGGCAUUACCCUGCUCUGCAGGUGGGUGGGUUCCCAUGGGGCGUGGCUGGAUUUACUAGCAGUGGGUCCUGUUUUCAGCAUUUUGCUAAAGACCGUCUUUUGGGACUGAGAUGUUGCUUUACAAAUAGGUAGUCACUCACUUGGCACUGAGAGAAUAAGCCCAACUUUCUGUAGGAACCCAGGAUCUGCCAUGCUUGGGAUUGGCAACCCGACAGCUGCAGUCCAUGCUCAGCUGUGAGGCGCUGUCUGACGUUGGGUUCUGAGCUUUGUGCCAUCCAGUUCAAUCAUCCACAGAACUCGAGUGUUUUCUAAGUCCUGUCGUCCAGUUCAAUCAUUCACUGAACUCUAGAGUUGCUUCCAAUGCCUGCUGUCCAGUUCAAUCAUCCACUGUAGAGUUGCUCCCAAUGCCUGCCGUCCGGUUCAGUCAUCCAUAGAGCUCUAGAGUGGCUUCCGAUUCCUGCUAUCCAGUUCAAUCAGAGUGGUUUCCAAGUCCUGCCAUCUGGUUCAGUCAUCCACAGAACUCUAGAGUGGCUUGUAAUUCCUGCUGUCCAGUUCAAUCAUCCACAGAGCUCUAGAGGGGCUCCCGAUUCCUGCCGUCCGGUUCUGUCAUCCACAGAGCUCUAGAGGGGCUCCCGAUUCCUGCCGUCCGGUUCUGUCAUCCACAGAGCUCUAGAGGGGCUCCCGAUUCCUGCCGUCCGGUUCUGUCAUCCACAGAGCUCUAGAGGGGCUCCCGAUUCCUGCCGUCCGGUUCUGUCAUCCACAGAGCUCUAGAGGGGCUCCCGAUUCCUGCCGUCCGGUUCUGUCAUCCACAGAGCUCUAGAGGGGCUCCCGAUUCCUGCCGUCCGGUUCUGUCAUCCACAGAGCUCUAGAGGGGCUCCUGAUCCCUGUCAUGCAGCUGUUCUCAGGUUAGCCUCAGGGGCCAUGCAACAACCUCACCGGAGAGUGUGGUUCAGCAGGGAAGGACUGUUAGGAAAGAGGAAGUCAGCCUGGAGGGGGCAGGGGCCUGGCUCUUUAGCGCUCAUUACAGUAGCAGGAGUCCUAAAGCCAGGGCGCUGCUCUCUGCUCUUGGGCUCCGUGACAGCUCUCUUUGGGCCCUGGAUCCUCUUGGCUUUAGUUACAGGGAGAGGCUGCAUCCCUGGCAGUGCCUCAUGCCCCGGGUCCCAGCACACUUCAUCCUCAAGGGCCUCCUGGGUGCCCUGGGCUGUAGACACCCUGCCGCCUCUGUGGGAGGCAGGAGGGAUGGUGUCUUCCUUAGGAACACAGCUCUGGAUUCGCACUCCUGGGCUCCUCCCUCAGCUCUGUGCCUCGGUUUCUCCCUCCAUGACAUGGAGCCCCCAGGAGUGCCAGCCUUAGGGGCCGUGGGAGGACUGCAUGAGCAGGGCAAGUGGUGUGUGGUGGGUGUGGGCUGCUCCGAGUCAGCCCGUGGCCUCCCGUGUAUCAGGCUGUGAGCAUCCUGCAGCCAGGGGUGUGUUCAUGGGCUUGGUCUGGUUUGCUCUCUCCUGUGUCCCCACCACCUAAUAAAUGUGUGGAAAAUGCUUGCGGGGGAACACGCUGUGGUCAGUAUCCUUAGACCAAGGCCCCCUCUUUCCUGUGGAAAGGCUGAGGUGGGUGAGGGAAUUCCACGUCUGUGUGGGUGCAGUGGUGACCACAGAAAACAGCAAAACAGAACAGAGACACGUCCCCCAUGGGAGGUUAAGAUAUGGUGACAGUGUCACCCCCUUUGGGAAGGAAGUCAGGCUGUGGACACUGUCACCUCUGUGGGAAGGGAGUCAGGCUGUGGGACAGUCACCCACCAGGGGUAGGAGUCAGGCUGUGGAACCGUGUGGGCCGCAUGGAGAGUCGGCCAUUCUGUGUGGUGCAGGGAGUGUGAAUCAUGGUGUUGGCAGCCGGUGGUUUUGAGGUAUAACUGGGCUCUAGAAGGCCAGCAAAAUGGAAGCAAGGAUGUGUUGACAGCAAGCAAGCUGUCACUAGGAUGGCUUGUUGAACCAGAAGCAGAAUCUCGGGACGUGAGUCUGGGGCUUUGAGUUCCUCCACAGGGUCAGGCUUGAUCUGUUCCCAGUGGAAAAGCCCCAGGGCUUGUGUGGCUGCAUCCAUUUCCUGUGGCUGCUGUCAUGAUGACCACAGACCGGGUGGCUGGAGGCAACAGGAAUUUAUCCUCUCAUGGUUCUGGAGUCCAGGAGCCCAGAACCUUGGUGCUGGCAGGGUGGGCUCCCUCAGAGGCCCUGAGGGCGUUGGUCCCGCCCCCAGCUGCUGUGCGCUUCUUGUUCCAGGCCCACAGAACUGUGGUGCCAGCCCCUGCUGCUGCUUCCCACGGCCGCCUCUCCCUCUCUGGGUCUCUGUGUCCUAAGCGUCUCUUCUUAAAACACUGCGUGUCGUCAGAUUUAGGGCCUGCUCUAAAUCCAGGAUGAUCUCGUCUCAAGAUGCUUAAUCGCAUCUGCAAAGACCUAAUUUCCAAAUAAGAUCACCUUCUGAAGAUCCGAGUGGCCAUAGAUUUGGGGGGAUGCUGUUCUACCCUCUCCUGGUAACGGCGAUGUCCUCACUGAAUAUCAUUGCCACACUUCAGGACGUCCUUUGGGUAGCCUUUUCCUCGGAGGCGGGUCUGGGUUCCAUGUCUCAGCCUUCCUGUGUGCCUGGGAUGAGGCAGGAGGUCACAGCCGGGGCAGCCUGGUGUGCUGGUGGGGAAGAGGAGGUGGGCUGUGCUCCCUCACUGUCGAGGGAUCUGAGUGUGUCUCCCAGCCAGCAAUAUGUGUGUUGGCAUAUUGACGUUGUGUAAUAAACACGGGCUUUGGUGAAGCGUGGAUGCGUCUCUCUGCUGGGAAACCACGGCACUUCCCCAUGUGGGCAGAGGAGUACCCUAACCUUUCCAGCAUGCAUGACCCGUCCACAGGACUGUUUUCCAGGAAGAUUCUCAUCUGACUUGGUCUGUAGACUUGGCUCUGUCAUUCACUAGCCAGUCUUGCUAACGGUGAGCCAUCCUGUGGAACGGCCACCCAUUUCAAGUGAACUCCUUGGAUCACUGGAAUCGUUGAGGGGAAAGUUUGGAAGAUCUUAUGAUGAGAAUUUGCCUGAACACCUGCUUUACUCUCUCCAAUGCGGGCCCAAGCGUGAUCUCUGCCACCAGCUUUCUUUGUAGGCAUGGGUGGUGCUGAAGCUGAAGUGUGUGUGUGAAUGAAUCGCAGCUCAUUGGCUCUUCCACAUGUUCAUUGAGGGAAAACUGCUGCUGGAAAGUACACUUUACAAUGACAACAACUCAGUUACAACUCUACCAUCCACGAGUCGUGGAAAGAUCCUGUCACCCCUCCUAAUUCUCAUCCCUCCCUCCAGCCAUGAAUUUUAUGGAGUAAGACACGUGUGGACUCAGGCAGAGCUGGAGUCUCCAUACCUCCAAGAACAGCAGCGGCCAAAAGGCUCCAAACUGUCGCUGUCACAGAGUGUCCCUGGGGUAUUUUCCAGGGAGCGGUGGCCCUGGUGGGCGCUGGGUUAUGCUACAGAUUCAGUGAGUUCCCAAACGCUUCCCUCCCUGUCCCUCCCCCAUGAGGACUUUCUUGGAGGUUGCACUGAGCAUUUCCAUGGAGGACUUUCCUCCUCUAACUUUUCAGACACCCAGGAGCACGCGGCACUGCCGGCAAGAGCAGCUCUGUGUGGACGGGCCCCUCUGAGCGCCCUGCCCACUCACUGUUAGAAAGACCCGUGUCGUCAGCCCUGUGACGCUCCCUAGGAAGUUGCCCAUUUAUGGCUACUAGAGCAAAUGAUAUCAUCACAAUAGGUGGCUCCUGUUUAAUUAGGGAUCAUUUGUGAAAUGAGAUUAUAGACGUUUAUCUGGAAAAAAAAAAAAAAACAGGAGAUGGAGGCACCUGCUCUCUGUAAUUGAUAUCCUUGGGGAGAGCAGUGCGCGGUAAUUAUGCCCAUGGCUAACUGUGUUACGGGGAAGGAGCUCGCCUCUCCUGCUCUGCACCAGGUGGCCCCCACAUCCACAUGGAGCUGACUCCAGAUCCAUGUUUUCUCUCAUGCUUGACUAUGUGGGCCAUGCAUCGCAGUCCUGUGCCUGCCACGCUGCUGCAGUGCCUGGCUGGCAGAGCUCCGGGGCAGGCUGGUCCGGGCUGUGGCUGACGGCACCUUGGUGCACACUCCAUCCUGGCCUGCUUCUAAGCAAGGAUGUGGAGGCUCCCCUGAGUGUAGGUCUCGCUGUCCGCCCAGACACCUCCUGUUCUCGGCGUUUGGAUGCUGCAGACAGAGCGGCAGGAGUCUCUCCUCGAGUCGCAGUGCACGCUCUGCGGGGAGCCAGAAGAGGAAGAAGCUGGAGACCUGGUCCAGCCGGGCAUCAGCUUUCCGGGGCCGGCAGAGGAGGAUCUAGACCCGCAGUACUCAUGGUCGCCCACGCAGCACUUCAAUGAGGAGCGCUACUCCCCGGCGCCCAGGAGCAUGAAGGGCCUCUCCGGAAGCCGGACGCAGCCGCCGCUGUGUUCCGGGCACACGUGCGGCCUGGCGCCCCCCGAGGACUGCGAGCACCUGCACCACGCGCCCGAGCGGCCUCCCUACCUGCUGAGCGCCGCGGACAGCUGCCCCGGGGGGCGCCACCGCUGCUCGCCGCGCAGCUCGGUGCACUCGGAGUGCGUCCUGAUGCCGGUGGCGCUGGGCGACCACGUGUCCAGCAGCACCUUCCCGCGCAUGCACUACAGCUCGCACUACGACGCGCGCGACGACUGCGCCGCACCGCACGUGGGCGCCAAGAUCAACCGCAUCCCCGCCAACCUGCUGGACCAGUUCGAGAAGCAGCUGCCGCUGCACCGGGACGGCUUCCACACGCUGCAGUACCAGCGCGCGUCCGCGGCGGCCGAGCAGCGCAGCGAGAGCCCGGGGCGCAUCCGCCACCUGGUGCACUCGGUGCAGAAGCUCUUCACCAAGUCCCACUCGCUGGAGGGCUCCUCCAAGGGCAACGCCAACGGGGCCAAGGCGGACGGCCGCGCCGACGACCCCCACCACGGCCACCACGCCAAGCAUGGCAAGAGGAGCAAGAGCAAGGAGCGCAAGCCCGAGGGCAAGCCGCGGCCCGGCAUGAGCAGCUGGUGGAGCUCGGAUGACAACCUGGACAGCGACAGCACCUACCGGCCGCCCAGCGUGCUCAACCGGCACCACCUGGGCCCCGCGGCCCACGGCUACCCCGACGCCCUGCAGAGCCCCUUUGGGGACCUCUCACUCAAGACCUCCAAGAGCAACAACGACGUCAAGUGCUCGGCCUGCGAGGGGCUGGCGCUGACGCCGGACGCCAAGUACCUGAAGCGCAGCUCCUGGUCCACGCUGACGGUCAGCCAGGCCAAGGAGGCCUACCGCAAGAGCUCGCUGAACCUGGACAAGCCGCUGCUGCACCAGGACACCAAGCCCGCCCUGAGGCCGUGCCACUACCUCCAGGUGCCUCAGGAUGAGUGGGGAGGGUACCCCACCGGUGGCAAAGCGGAGGAGAUUCCCUGCAGGAGAAUGAGAAGUGGGAGCUACAUUAAAGCCAUGGGGGACGAGGAGAGCGGAGAGUCAGACUCCAGCCCCAAGACGUCACCGAAGUCGGCGAUCCGACCGGAGCCGCUGCUGAAGUCCAUCGGGCAGAGACCACUCGGAGAGCACCAGACCCAGAGCUACCUGCAAGCUGCAAGUGACAUGCCUGUUGGCCACAGCCUGGACCCCGCCGCGAACUACAACUCCCCGAAAUUCCGCUCCCGGAACCAGAGCUACAUGAGGGCCGUCAGCACCCUGAGCCAGGCCAGCUGCGUGAGCCAGGUGAGCGAGGCGGAGGUCAAUGGGCAGUUUGAAUCCGUAUGUGAGUCCGUCUUCAGCGAAGUCGAAUCUCAGGCCAUGGACGCCCUCGACCUCCCGGGAUGUUUCCGAACGAGGAGUCACAGCUACCUUCGAGCCAUUCAAGCCGGCUACUCCCAAGAUGACGAAUGUAUCCCCAUGAUGACACCCUCCGACAUCACCUCCACCAUCAGGUCAACAGCAGCUGUCUCAUAUACAAAUUACAAGAAAACCCCCCCACCAGUGCCCCCUCGGACCACCUCCAAGCCUCUGAUCUCGGUGACGGCGCAGAGCAGCACCGAAUCCACCCAGGAUGCCUACCAGGACAGCCGCGCCCAGAGGAUGUCCCCAUGGCCCCAGGAUGGCCGCGGACUCUACAACUCCACGGACAGCCUGGACAGCAACAAGGCCAUGAACCUCGCCCUGGAGACGGCCGCAGCCCAGCGCCACAUGGCUGACGGCCAGAGUGGCUCCGCCCGGACCAGCGACAAAGCCAUCCUGGUAUCCAAGGCGGAGGAGCUCCUCAAGAGCCGCUGCUCCUCCAUCGGGAUUCAGGAUUCUGAAUUUCCAGAGCAUCAGCCAUACCCAAGGUCAGAUGUGGAAACGGCCACAGAUUCCGACACAGAGAGCCGCGGCCUGCGGGAGUACCACUCCGUCGGUGUGCAAGUGGAAGACGAGAAGCGACACGGACGUUUUAAACGUUCUAACAGCGUCACGGCCGCCGUCCAAGCGGACCUGGAGCUGGAGGGGUUCCCAGGCCAUAUCACCAUGGAGGACAAAGGCCUCCAGUUUGGUUCCUCCUUCCAGCGGCACUCUGAGCCCAGCACCCCCACCCAGUAUGGCGCGGUGAGAACUGUACGGACGCAGGGGCUCUUCAGCUAUCGGGAAGACUAUCGGACCCAAGUGGAUACCUCCACCCUGCCCCCUCCGGACCCCUGGCUGGAGCCCGCCCUCGACACGGUAGAGACUGGGAGGAUGUCUCCCUGCCGCAGGGAUGGCUCGUGGUUCUUGAAGCUCCUGCACUCGGAGACGAAGCGGAUGGAAGGCUGGUGCAAAGAGAUGGAGAGAGAGGCAGAGGAGAACGACCUCUCCGAGGAAAUUCUCGGUAAAAUCAGGAGUGCUGUUGGGAGUGCCCAGCUUCUCAUGUCCCAGAAAUUCCAGCAGUUUUAUUGGCUUUGUCAACAGAACUUGGACCCCAGCGCCAUGCCGAGGCCAACAUCGCAGGACCUGGCCGGCUACUGGGACAUGCUGCAGCUCUCUGUCGAGGACGUCAGCAUGAAGUUCGACGAGCUGCAGCGGCUGCGGCUCAACGACUGGAAGAUGAUGGAGUCUCCAGAAAGAAAGGAAGAAAGAAAGGUCCCGCCUCCAAUACCAAAGAAGCCCCUCAAAGGAAAAUUUCCCAUCACGAGAGAAAAAUCCCUGGACCUGCCCGACAGACAACGUCAGGAAGCCCGGAGACGACUCAUGGCCGCCAAGCGCGCGGCGUCCUUCCGGCAGAAUUCGGCCACGGAGCGCGCGGACAGCAUCGAGAUCUACAUCCCCGAGGCCCAGACCCGGCUCUGAGGACGGAGGGCAGCCACCUUCCCCUUGGUCGUUUCUGCUUUUUCACAAAACGCUUGUACAGUUUGUUACCUCCCCGGUGGCUUCUGUCUCAUUUCUUCCACUGAACACGCCCUUGCUGUUCUGCUCCUUGUGCCGUGAACACAGUGGAACGUGGUCGGUGGCCUCAGAGUCCACGAGCUCGUGGCGAGGACGACUUUUGCUUUUCUUCACUGGUGGCCUGGCUCACACUCGGCUCUGAGGGACAGGUGUGGUGAGACCUGACUCCUCCGUGUUCUCCGAGGACGGCGAGAAACGCCCCUGGAGCUGAAACCCACCUUACAUUUUGUUAUUUCUAUUUUUAUAAAUUGUGUGAUAAUUAGAGGUAAGAAUAACAAAUAACUAUCAAUGGGUGCAUCUCACCACUCCCUAGAGGCAUUAGACACCCAAGGGGAAGGUGCUACAACGCGAAGUGUAGGAAAGAAAGGCCCCUUCCCCUCGCAUACCCGAGCUCCUGCUCCGAGUCCGGGGCCCGUCUGCCUGCUCCGCCCUCCUACUCCUGUUUGUCACAAGUAGAAAACAUGAGGCUCCUUGCGUGAAGCUUACUGUGAUGGACCGUGAUGUCUCCAACCACCAAACUCCUCGCCAUACGGUUCUCCAAAACCCAGGGGUUGACAAGUCUGAACCCACUGAAAAUACCCAGCACCGCAUCUACACAUUCAAAAGAGAAGCUGAGUGUUCUUAGUGUUCCCACGAGGAAGGGACAGGGAGAGGAGCCUUAGAGGGCUGGGAGCAGAAAGGGGAGAAAACGUCCUUACUUCUACGAAACAGUCGUUGUAUUUUUUAACUUCUUUGUACGUUAAAAUACAACCCCCAGUAUUUUCCUUAAGUUUCACCGUUUAUGCUCCAUGGGAUUUUUUUUAAUGUAUGUAUAUAUAUUCUCAAAUUGCUCUAUCAGCUGACUUUCCAGGGUAUCCUUACAAAAAAAAAAAAAACACAAAAAACAAAAAGUUUGCUUGUUUAAAAUGACAGUUGUGAUGCUGUAAAAAGUUUAAGAAAUAUGAAUGUGAGUGGUAAGCAGAUCUCAGUUUAAAUGGUAAAGAAGAAAUGUAGUUUACAUUUGUAUUUUUCCACAAUUCUUUUGUCCUAUGCAGUAUUGCUAAAGAAAAGAAUAGAUUCCUUGCCUGUGUUAGACAUGAAGGAAAAAGAGGUCACCUGUUGCGAUUUCCAGCUGUGGAAUUCAAAGUAAUCAGUGUUCACGACUCUCCGGUCGGCACCGGAGGAAACUAGGAACAGCUGAUUAAUAGGAUUUCCACGAGUAUGAUUAGAUUUAGCUGCCACGACCACUGUUCCCACGUAACUUCUGUUCACCAUUCAGACCAGUCUGCAAAGGAAAAGCCUAUCCGAUCUCUGCACUGGGUUACAGUGUCACAGUUCUCAUUAUCACUCAGAGUAAAGGCAGGACUGCGAUUCCAGACAGACGUUCCCACCCGAAUACCAGGUCUUCCUUCCCAGCUUCCAGGAGUCCCGUGUCCUUAGCCACAGGCAGAACAGCUUUCCACCACCCACAGCACUUUGUCUCUAAACUUGAUUUGCACUUUACAAUGUCCCCGAUCCCUCUGCAGCCUGCGUCUGGCAGGGUGUUGGGUGCGCCCUUGUGCCAGAGCAUCCUCCCGCGCCGCAGCCACUCCCCUGCCUCAUUUCCCACAUCCCACUGCGCAUGGGACCAUUGGGAGCAGAGCUGAUAUUAAAGCAUGUUAGCUUCAAAGUUUUACUUUUUUAAAACUGAGUAAAGAUUUCCCUGUAAAAACAAAACCCUGUAAAUCAAGCCUCAUAUCUGGCAUAUAUUUUACCAAACAGCCUUAAAAUAUAUUUGGAAGCAAAAAUCAGUACGAAUGUAUCUCCUUGAAAAAUGCAAAAAAAAAAAAAAAAUUCCAUGAAAUAUUCUUCUAUAAAUGAAUCCUAUUUCCCCAGAGUGUUCAGAGCAUUUUUCUACCUAAAUAAAUACCUAAAUCUUGAGUAGUGUACAGUAAUGACGCCUAUUCCUAUAUCCACUCUAUUAUGUUAAAACAAAUGUAUCUGCAAGAAUUGGCAUUUUAGACUUAAAAUGCUGUACGAUUUCAGAUGAACUCUGCUGUUUCAGAAAUAACCACAGAAAAGCAAAGUCAGUGUACACUCCCAGUGAAAGGAAAGGUAUCCUGGAUCUGUUACAGACACGCACCUCCUCACAUCGUUCCACCUACUGGCAGCUGAUAUGUUUAACUCAUUUCCUUGAACUUAAACAAAACAUAUAAAAACAAACUGUUAAGGUAGACAAUACUUACCUUAGAGCCCAGAUUCAGUGAUCCCUGCCUAGAGGAACACAUUCGCUGGCUGUGGAUUAAUUUCUUAUGUUGUGUAAAUUCAUUGUUAUUUUACAAUCCCCAAAAGUCUUAGCCUAAAACCAUCCCUAAGUGAGCAGAUGAACCCACCACUAAAUCGCACAGGGGUUGCUGACUCGACGUGGUGAAUGUGCGUGCGCACGUCCUGCCUGGUCCGCCAUGUUCCAAAGAAGAUGAUCCAAUGGUAGAACGGAUGCCUGCUGCUAGACCUGAUGGAAUGUGACCCGUCCGCGUUACAGAUCCAAUGGUAGAACGGAUACCUGCUGCUAGACCUGAUGGAAUGUGACCCGUCCGCGUUACAGAUCCAAUGGUAGAACGGAUACCUGCUGCUAGACCUGAUGGAAUGUGACCCGUCCGCGUUACAGAUCCAAUGGUAGAACGGAUACCUGCUGCUAGACCUGAUGGAAUGUGACCCGUCCGCGUUACAGAUCCAAUGGUAGAACGGAUACCUGCUGCUAGACCUGAUGGAAUGUGACCCGUCCGCGUUACAGAACCAAGUGCAAUAUACUCAGUUCUCAUGCAGGUGACUUUCUACCAUGAAACGCAGAGGAUAAGCCAUGUUGACGUAUUGUACAUGUAAAGAAAAAUAAAACCGUUUAUGAUA